CAGGGCAGGGAGAUUCACGCAGGGAAGGUUUCAUUUUGCCCUUCUCUCGCAGGUGAGCGCAGGGAUGGCGGCGGAGAAGCAGCGGCCGCAGGUGCCCAUGGUGAUGUACGAGCCGCACCCCGAGCGGUUCCCGGAGCCCUCGGCGCCGCCGCUGGGCCAGGACGGGGGCUAUGAGUAUCCUUCUCCCCCACCCUACUCGUACCGAGAGACCACCAUCGUGGAGGAGCCCGUUUAUUUGGUGUCCCAGCCUCCCAUCAUCGUGGCAGGGAUCUUCUCCAGCAAACCAACAUCCACAAUCUGUCCUUCGUGCCGCCAGCACAUCACCACCCAGGUCACCUACAGACUGGGCAAGCUGUCCUACCUCCUGUGCACCAGCCUGUGCAUGGUUGGGUGCUGCUUCGGAUGCUGCUUCGUCCCUCUCUUCAUCAAGCUCUUCAAGGAUGCAGAUCAUUACUGCCCAUACUGCCAAUUUCACAUUUAUAGAUACAAAAGACUAUAGAAACAAACUUUGUACAACCAGAUGCUGUAAAGCCUCUAUUUCCCAAUGGCAUAAGAUUCUGCACAUAAAACUACUGCUAGGAAACUCCCAGGACUAUGCUCAGGUUCUGCAGCUCCCUUGCUGGUGAACCCACCUGGUAAACUCCAGUUUAGCACCACAUGGUUGGACUGGCCAUAAAACAAAAAACACUUCAAGACUAAUUUGCACUAUCAUUUAAUUUACGCUCUAUUUGAUUCGCUGCCCUGUGCUGUGAAGUUUCCAGCUGGUGAGUUCUUCAGCUCCUCUCAAAUCCCCCACCCAGCUGGGACACAGACUCCUCUGGACCUCUCAGCCCAGCACUACCCAAGGUUUGGAUGUGGAUGUUUCAGAGAAGCUUUUACCUUCACUGCACUGGAACUGACUGGCUGGGAUUUCAUUUCUCUCUGCUCUUCUCCCUGCAGGAUCUACCCCUGCAGGGCUGUGGGUGGUACAGUGUGGCUGAUUAUUUAUUAACAAAACACUGAGUUAUGAGACUGUCUUUACUCUGUUAUUUAUAAGGUAAGAAAAUAAACCUGUUAUUGUUCACAAGGCUGGUAAAUCUGCUGUGUGCAUUGCUGCCAUGCCCUGCUGCACCCAGAGCAGAGAUGCAGGUCACUGGGACACCCUCUUUGCAUUAACAAACUACAAUGCAAAAGGCAAACACACAAAGAAGAAAAAUCAGCAAACACAGCCUGAAAAAAGUCGCCACAACACAAGGCCUUUAUUUCACCUCUCAGCCCUCUCACUGCAGUGCAUCAUCUCCCAAAACAGGACUUAUUAGA